AUGUGCCUAUACAAUUUCUUUCCAUGCAUAUCUCAUGAUGCCCAGGCCCUUCACAAAACACUCUUCGAGGAAAUAAACGCCAGUUUCGCCGUUCAGGCGUUUCGAUGCAAAUGGUACCACUGUGCAAACCUGAGAUUCAACGGCGGCUCGAAGCUUUGUCCGUACUUGAUUAUCCGUCACCAGACCAAGAAGCCGCCGAUCGAAGAGCUGUCCCGGACGUAUAGGGCCGUGCUGGAGAACGAAGUCCUCGAUCACGGGUGCGGCAAGUGCUGGGACACCGUCCGCAAGAAGGGCUGGGUUCAGUCUGUCCACACGCAAAUGGCCAACAAUCUCAACAUGAUGCCGGUAGCCUGGGCUGAAACUCACAGUGAUCGCGAGGAAGAGCAAUCAUCACAUUAUGAGCAGAGUUCAGCCGAGGAGGGAUGCGAGUCGUUGGUGACGGAAAGCGAAGGCGAAAGCAAAGGCAAGAGAAAGCGAAGAUGUUCUGAAGUCUCCAUUCCGCCGCCACCCUGGAACAAGAAGUCAAAGAAGGUCUGCAUGAGUGAUGUCGGCGCAUCGCCUUCGGGGUCUUCGGAAACGGACUCGGAACAAGAAAGUGACGAGGACGAGGAGGAGGAGGGGUCAGAAGACGGAAAAGUUGAGAGUGACUUGGACCAAGAGGACAAGGACUACAUACGGGCCUGUCAAGAAAGUUUGGAGUCGUUCGAACGUGAAAACAAUCGGAGGGGAAAAGGAAAAGGAAAAGAGAAGGAGAUCAUACAAGUAUCGACCAGAGACGACGGCGAUGACGGCGACGGAGAUGACGAUGAGGCAGCAGACCCUGAUCUCCAAAGGGCCCUUCAAGCCAGCCUCGAAGAGCAAGAAGCUCCCAAGAACAAGAACUUCUGGAGGCAUCGGCCCGACGUAGACCGGCAUAUGAGGUUUGGAUCUGGAGGAGAAAGCUCGAGCUCGAAGAAGGACGUGGCGGUUGCCCCUCAACAGCCACUGAUCACCCCGCCGAAUUCGCAAAAGAGUCCCAGCAACAGCGAAGAAGACACUCGGCCGAAUCAAAGCUAUGGAUUCGACGUUGUGGCGUUGCUCAAAGAGAAGGUGGCCUGGCAGAAGGAGAAGGCGGCUUUGAUCAGCGAGAACGCAAGACUAUUGCAGACGAAUAUGGCUCAUGUGGAGCGAGGAAUCGAGCUGGAGCGACGCAACAGGGAACUCGAAGAGCUGUGUUUUCCUACCGAUGACCACACAGACGCUGCAGAAAGAGGAUAA